AUGCAUCAGACUACCCGGGAUGAGUGCGCUGACUGCACACAUCAGAUUACGCGCAAUGCUUACAUCACGACAUGUAGAAAAAUAAUGAAACCUCGUGUCUUCCAUCCACCUAACUUUUUUCUUCCUUUCUUACUCCUACUCUGCUCAAAGCCCCUUUGCUCUCAGUCGGAGCAGAGCAGGUGGGACAUCGAGCAUGACAUAAACCGAUUGCUGUCCAACGAUGAUGCCACCCUCUACAACCAAGAAAAAAUUCAACAAAGCUCAUUUAAUGGCACGGCAUUAACUAAUUUCACCUCAGGUGAAAACUUCACCUCUUACUGGCAUCUGUCUGCCGACGCUCCGCUAUUGGAACAACCUGAUGCCGAUACUUCACAGAGUCCCAUUCCGACAAUACAAAUUUGUCUCUUCUACGCCGUGUCCCUGGCAGGCUAUAACAGUCGACUGACGCUGGCGUCAGCAAUCACCACACGGAACAGCUACAUUCCAGGCGAAAUAGGGCGCGAGAGUGAGAAUUGCAUCUACGCGGCCCAGCCGGACAGCAAACUCUCACCUCGAGAACUUCUCGAAAUUCCAAAGUUUACACGGACCCAAUUUUUUGAUACGCCAUCAGAGCUACCCGAGCGAGAACAAACCAAUCAGUGUGUCACUGACAAGGCUGUACAGAUCAUUACAGUUUAUGAACCUGUCGUGAGUUGA